ACUAUCUAUGUGUUUCCUUCACAGCUAUUGUUGUUUCUAGCACUGUAUCCAUGCGAGUCUGUCCGUCUUCGAGGAAAUAUACCCCGCACUAGACCUUGAAUCGACCACAUAGCAAACAAUAGUGACGGGAAAAUCGCACUCGCCAUGACCCUUCGCUUUUGUAUCAUUGUCUCUUUGACACUACUGAAGACCGCGCUAGCUGCUAACUACAACCUGUCACCUUCAUGUGGAACAACGAAACGGGACUUCCUUGCGGUAUUGUUUCGGCACGGAGAAAGGGCCCCGCUGGGAACUUUUCCGGGAGACCCAAACCCACAACAUCCCUGGCCUUUCGGUUUCGGGGAAUUGACAAGAGAUGGAAGGGACAGAAUGAACUACCUCGGCAUGUGGCUACGACACAGCCUCGGAGAAUUUAUGACGAGCGAUACACGCGACGUGGGUGCUAGAAGCAGUCCAGCGCCAAGAUGCUUCGACAGUGCCGCGCUGCUCCUGGAUGAACUUUAUCCUGCAUCUGGGAAGUGGGCGUGGCAUGAGGGUGACCAUUGGCAACCAGUGCCAAUAACUUCGAUGCCGAAGGACCACGACAAGUACACAUUCUACUGUCCAAAGUUCUUGAAAAAGAUGUUGGCUGACCUAAUGUCAAAGUUUGCGACAACGGAUGGACCUGGAAAGGGCCUUCUACAAACCCUUUCGACCAAGACCAAAGUUAGUGCCUCGGAACCACGUAAAUUGCUGGACGCUUUGGACGCCCUGGUGGUGCAAGCGGAGAACAACCUCAAGAUGCCAAACUGGUUCGCGACGCAAAAGGAUCACUUUCUCCAAUUCAACCACGCUGUUUAUGUUGCCAUUGGUAGUGCACUUUCGAGGAACAUGGGAGGAGAAAUAAUCAGGGACAUCGCGGGCAAAGUGAAGGAGUAUUACUACCCUCAGAAUGUGACUAAAAAAGCUGCAGGAAGUACUAUGGCACCCUUGGACGUUCCUUAUGAAAUAGUAAAAAGGCUGCAUCUCUUCUCCUACCACGACCUGAACCUCAUCGCUGUGCUCUACAGUCUGAAUCCAAAUGAAAUCAAGAAGCGCCCGGAUUAUGGAUCAUUGGUUAUUUUUGAGUCGGUGAAGAACACGCUCCUCGAUGAACCGCAGAUCCGUGUGCUCUACAGAGAUGGCGAAACGAAUCACGUAGUUUACAACAUUACGGGAUGUCCAUAUCCGUGUACUGUGAAAAUGUUUCUAGAGUAUGUCGACAAAAAGUUCAAACCCAUGACGAAUAGCGAAUGCGGUAUACCUGACAGCCACAUCCUCCUGUAAGGCAUCGCAACCUGCAAUACAGUCCCCACAUAUAUUCGCGACUACCGCAAUUAGGUGCCGGAUAUAUGUUUCGCUACUUCUUUUCACAGCUAUGCACUGCAUAUAUAUUCCUCCUUUUAAAUUUUUCUACUUUUUCCACAUUAAUUACAAUUACAUGCAUCAUACUGGUGGUAUGCAUUUCAAGGGUGAUGGAGACACGUGGAACCUCUAAAUUGGAUAACUUUUAUUUGGACGUUUGUGGCAACAGACUGUAGCUGAACAAGCCACCAAUAAAAUGAGGGACGAACGAAAAUGUA